CGAAGACCAAUGCAAAUUCAGCAACUGUGGAAAUUCCUGGAAAUAGCGUUUGGUGGGCCUCGUCUAGCACAACAUCUUCUAUUCAUCGCAAAAUGUAAUUUGACACUUGCAGACAAUUCUGCCUCUAUUAGCGGAUGUGGAUCUGCUCAAGACAUUCAAAUUAACGAUCCAUACCCAGGUUCUAACGCCACUCAAUUUAAAAUGUACGUGUGGGCAUUUAAAACCAAAACCUCCCCAGCCAGCAUUGGAAACAAUUUUCCUUCGCUCGUCAGUUUCUGUACAAGUUUACCAUGUAAUAGUGUACCUGAAAUUUCAAGUAAUCAAUUUUAUUAUGUUAUGGCGAUAAAGAGUUUUAAUUCUGCACCAACGAAAGUUAAUUUUGCUGUCACAUGGGAUAUUGAAUGCAAUACCACCCCACCUACUUCAGGUUCUAAAGCAACUGAAACAAAGAAUCCACCCA